UUGAAGAAAAAAAAAUAACGGGAAAUCAGCGAUGGAGAUUGGUCACACCGACGGCCACAUCAAAUCUGGGGGUCUAGCGUGUGACCCUGUUAUUCCUAUCCUGCAAUAAAAUAGCUUUGUAAUCUUAGUAACUAGUGCAUUGUUGGAAUAUUAAGACAAAUUUUGAGUGUGAUUUAUGUGUAAAAUAUGGAACGUGCAACUGGAACAGAAGUGUACGGGUGUGGCUCGCCCCAAUCGACGGACAUAACGCUAAAUAUACAAACGACUACGGGUGGUAAUUUCUCCAUUAGUUUGAACGGUAAAAAUACUGUGGAGCAUCUUAAAAAAGUCGUUUCCAAGAAAUUAAAAGUGUCAAAGGAUCGAAUAUGCCUUCUGCAUCGCGAAAGACAACUAAGGGAUGGUACUCUCGAAGACAACGGUUUGUUAGAUGGGUCGCGCAUCAUUUUACUGCCCAGCGUCGAGACGGGCCUUCUGAGUCAGAGACCUGAAAAUUCUGUGAUGCAAGCCUUAGAGUCCUUGAAUGACACGCAAGUGAAUGAUUUUCUGAGUGGUAAAUCACCUCUGAAUUUGACAAUGAGACUGGGUGACCACAUGAUGUUAAUACAGCUACAGUUGUCAACAUUACACACAUCUUCCUCAAGUGGUAGUCGCACACUGAGAACUUCCACUCCAACUAAAACUACCACAGUCCGUACAAAAUGUGAUUCUAAGGACACACCCAAUCCUCAGACUAUACCACAAAAGCCUCCACCAAGUGACGAGACUAUUACUAAUAGUGAUAAGAGUAAACAAAAGAAAGAAGAUGACAAUGUAGCAAAUAAUCUGAAACUAGAUAUGUUGCAAAAUGCAUUUGAUCUGUACCGUACAAUGGCAGAGGAGAAAUAUUCAGAGAAAUCAGCACAAGGUUCAGAUAAAGAGGAAAUGAUGGAUACCUCAAACUGCACUCUAUCAGAUUUAUCCAACACAUCGGUUGAAAAUGAACAGUCCCCAAUUAAAUCACUAUCUAAUCUGGUCUCUAGUCCAAUAAACACAUCCGCUGAAAGCAAAGAGGCGGCUAUAGCAAGUUCUGUAAAAAAUAGUUUAAUAGACUUGUUGUCAAGCAAACUGGCAGCAGAAGCAAUCCCUUCCACAAGUUCCAUGUGUGACAAAGCAUGUCCAUCAACAUCCAAUACACCUGACAGUUCAGUCAGUGAUGACAGCGACAAUUUCACAGACCAGAGUUCCUUCCUCGCUGAAAGCACUAUAGAUGAAUAUCCUAUGGAAAACUUAUUUAACAGUGCCGUAGACAAGGGCUUGUUCGAUGAGCAAGACGAAUCCAUGAUGGACAGGGAGAUAUCGAACUUGGCGACCACAAGUCAUGGGACUCAAGAAUCAUCUGGAGCCUUGCCAUCCUUCCAAAGCCUAAAUGAACCUCUAAAAAAUAAACGUUUUCAAUAUUUACUUCACAAAACAUCCAAAUUCAAGCAUCCUAUUGGCCACAAUAAACAAAAGGCCUUCAUGCAGUCUGUUGUAAAUAAACAUAAAAAGAAGGUGCAGCCCCUGUGUGCCCCAGACUUAAGUUUCCCUCAACCGUCUACCUCAAGAACAGAGCCGUAUGUAAGCUGUAAAAAGCCUGUUCAGGUAUCUGGGCCCACAGCAGAGACUGCCACUCCAUCCACAUCCAAACAAGCCUUCAGGGCUCCCGAUGCACCUAAAAAACCACAGAGGGCUUCCCCAACACCACCGGUAGACACCAAAGCGCUCAUUGAAGCCUCAAAGAAUCUGACACAGAAAUUGAAGAAGUUGUCGAAGGAGGUGUUAACAAACAAAGUAGAUCUCAAAGCUGUAGAGGAGCCGGUGCGUGCGAAAGUACGUCCUGGAGCUGUGAUAGAGUCCAUGAAGCAUCAUGGCAAAGGAAUAUAUUCAGGGACGUUCUCAGGAACACUGAAUCCAGCUCUUCAAGACAGAUACGGCCGACCAAAGAGAGAUAUAUCCACGAUAAUCCACAUCUUGAAUGAUCUGUUGUGUGCGACGCCACCCAUAGCCUUAGCGCAGAAGGAGCCGAAGCAUUCUUGCGUGACGGUCACUCAGGAGGAGCCGAGCAAGUACAGCGGUUGUCACACGUGUUCGUACGGACAUUGCGACGGACAUCCGACCAGCAAGAACUGUGUGUGUGAUAAAGACUGUCAGUGUAGUCGUCUAGAACCUAACGUGUGUGCGUCCUGUGACGAGAAAACCAGCCCGGGGGAGCUCUGCAAGAAAUGCGACAAAGCGAAGACGUUCGCUCUGGAGAACUCGAAGACUAAAUGCAAACUGGAACAGCUGAGGCUCGUCAUGCAACAGACGAAGCAACGACGCGAGGCGCGCAAGUUAAAAACAUUACCUUACACCACGCCUUCCAAGACACACGCCGCCAAUGAUACCACAUCCAUCAAAGAAGAGAUCGAAACGGCCGCAUAAUACACACAGCCGCGGUCCAGGGUUGCUAGUGCGCUGGGGACGGGGAGAUUAUAUUAAUUUUAACAUAAUCGCCAUUUAAUUAACGACAUUUAUUUAAUAAAACCUGCGAAUAAAAUCGAUAAAGGAACAUUAUAUUCUCACGGAAUAUAUUCCCCUCGCCGUCGUAGCGCCGACGCUGACGAAGCCUCCGCUCGCAGCUCGUCACACACCGGUUUGCGGAUACUAAUGUUAUUGUUACCUGUUAAUUAUAAUUAAUGUGCUUUAUUAAUAAUAAUUGACUAAGUUGAUUUCGGACACGUCUAUGAAAUCCGAUCGCGCACUGGCAACGUACAUUUGACUGACAUUGACAGUUGGUGCGGGGUGAGCCGUUUGUGGAUAUAUUCUAAAUUACCAUAUUAUAUAGUUUUGAAGAGUUAGAAUUAAAUUUUAAGUGCUAUUAUGCAUGUACAAAUAACGAAAAAAAAAAAUUAAUUAGCGAAAUCCUAGUUGGUAGUUUGAAUAAUCACGUAGGGUGUUAACUGUUGCCUGGAGCGGUGGGGCGGUGGAGCGGUGGAGCGGCCCGAAAUGAAUUUUGUUGUUAUAUUUUAGAUUAUAUUUUAUUUUAACGGACAGUCAUCUUUUAGACACUUGUAUAUCUAGUUUCUUUUUUUUUUUUGAGAUCACUGUUGAUUUACACUUUGGAAAUUACUUUUUGAUAUUAAAAUAUCACUCACCGUGGAGUUAAAAUUACACAUUGGCUUAAUCUGUGUUGGGAUAAAUCUGAUGAAUUAUAUUUAUAUAUUUUUUUUGACUCCCAUGUUUUAGGAAGUAAUUGGCACCGUUAUUUUUAGUUAUUUUUGUUUGUUUUUCUUUACUUUCAAAAAAAAAAAAAAAAUGUUGUUUUAAUAAAUGUUUUCCUCAUGAUACUUAUUUUUACUUGUUUGUUUAUAAACAGAUUCAAACCUGGAUUUGACUAAGAACUAGAAAUAUUAUAUUUGUUUAUCGCAAAAGAUAUAUUCUUACAAUCCUAUGGAGAGAAAAUGCCUUGUAUAUAUUACUGUUUAUAAAAUACUUAGUGCUUUCAAUUUAAUAAAAGGUAAUGUAAAAAGUAAAGAAUAUAUGUUUUUGCUAAAUAGUGAAUAGUUGCAAAAAUAUGAGUUAAAAAUGUAUACAUUAUAAUUAUUUUAUUUUAAUAUUAAUGAGAGUUGCCUUGCGAGCUGAGACACUAUAUAUGGACAUGAUCACAAUCAAUUCAACCACAAGCCACUUUGAAUGAGUUAGCAAUAGAGGCAACGGUGACACGUUUGCCGGCGGUGGUGUUCCGUUUCCUACAUAUUAUAUAUUAAAAAAAAUGUUUAUAUACACAAUGUGAAAGAUAUUGAAGCACAACAGCAAUGAACAAUUAUUAACCACCGUAGCAGGCGAACUUCUUUAAGACAUAUAUUAUAGUAUUACUGUGGUGUCAUAUACUAUAGACGAGCGGUUCGUACGCGUGUUGCGGUCUAUUGAAGAGGAAACAGAAUGGAUUUACGGUUUAUAUACGUCUUCCGUUAUCGAGCGAUGGAACGAUCUGACCUUGGUGCGGGACCAACAUACGGGAUAGGAGUUUGGUUCCUGGAUUGUUGAAGCAAUAAAUUCGAUACAUUUCCGUUGAACGCGAAGUGCCUAUUGGUGUGUAGUAAGAUAUACAUUAAGUGUUGUGCCAUACGGGUGUUAGGUUUAUUAGUGGCACCUAGGAUCCAAUCGUUUCGCGACCUAACAGAUCUCACAAACGAAUAUUAAAAAAAUAAAAACUUGAGUUAUAUUAUAAAAUUGUUACCAGAUUAUCCCUUGUUUUGUUAAAGUUAGCGUCUUAAUAUCUCAACGGUUAUAAGUUGACAGGGUUGAAAUCUUGAAUUGUUUUUUUUCCUGUAUUUUGCAUGUCUAGUGAGGAGAAUAAAGUUACAUAACUAAAAA